CGCUUCUCAACCAAACGACCCAAGGAGACGAGAUUGAGGUGACCUAUCGUUGAGCUGCGACUUUGCCUGCUUCUCUUUGACCAGCAACCUACCGGAGCUGCGCUACUCAGCGGCUGUCACCACUCGCCUGGCCGUCGAGCUUUUGCCUGCUUGCCCCUGCUACUAGCUUAGCUGCUGGCGCUCCUCGCAGCCACUCCACUCCACUCCACUCGUCGCUCCUCCUCCUCCUCGUCUCCCCCACGCCUCCGCCUCUGCCCAGCAUGGCCUCCUCCUCCUCAUCAGCGGCCGCAGACGCCAAACUCUUCCAACGCCACAAAGCCGCCGACCUUCGCGUCGACCUCAUCUCCGAGAAGAAGGACAAAGGAUGGCAGCGCAAGAAGACGACCCUGAAGAAGAUCAUCGCAAAUGCGACGAUGGGAAAUGACAUGAGUUCCCUCUUCGCUGACGUAGUCGACUGCAUGGGUAUUCAAGUCCUCGAGAUCAAGAAGAUGGUCUACCUUUACCUGAUCAACUAUGGUCGCGCCAAACCAGAGCUGGUGGAGCAUGCCAUUCCCGGUUUCCUUUCAGAUUGUAAUGAUCGCAACCCCUUGAUCAGAGGGUUGGCCAUAAGGACCAUGUCCUACAUUCCGGUCCCUUCGGUUCUAGCUGCGCUGAAUGACCCGCUAAGGCAUUCAUUGAAGGACUCGGACCCUUAUGUGCGCAAGACGGCAGCCAUUACGGUAGCCAAGCUGUACAUGCAUGAUAGGAGGGCGGUGGAGAAGCUAGGGUACAUCAACAUGUUGAGGGACUUGCUGGCUGAUGCAAAUCCGACCGUAGUAGCCAACGCCGUGGCAGCCCUCACCGAGAUCAGCGAACGCAGCGAGAACAUCCAACUCAAGCUCAACCUCACCAUCGCCUCGAAGCUCGUCUCGGCCCUCCCUGACUGCUCCGAAUGGGGCCAGACCUACAUCCUCGAGGCCCUCAUGUUCUUCGUCCCCGAAGAGUUCGCAGACGCUGAGAUCCUUGCAGAACGGAUAGCCGUGCGCCUCCAGCACUCCAAUUCUUCGGUGGUGCUCACAGCGACAAAGGUGGUGCUCUACUUGAUGAAUUACAUUGCCAGCUCCGAAUUCAAGGAGGGCUUGUGUAAGAAGUUGAGCGGGCCGCUCGUCACGCUGUUGAGUAGCGGACCAGAGGUGCAGUACGUUGCGCUGCGCAAUAUCCUCCUCGUCAUUCAACGUAGGCCGAUUGUGUUGCAGAACGAGGUAAAAGUCUUCUUCUGCAAGUACAACGACCCCAUCUACGUCAAGAUGGCCAAGCUGGAGAUCAUCUACCGUCUAGCCAACGAGCGAAACGUCGAGCAAGUCCUCGCCGAGCUGCGCGAGUAUGCCACCGAGGUGGACGUCGACUUUGUUCAGAAGUCCGUCCGCUCCAUCGGCCGGCUAGCGCUCAAGAUUUCGAGCUUUGCGGAUCGAUGUGUGGAUGUGCUGCUCAGCUUGAUUGGGACAAAGGUUAACUACGUAGUGCAGGAGGCAGUCGUUGUUAUCAAAGACAUCUUCCGCAAAUACCCCAACCGCUACGAAGGUGCCAUCUCGACUCUCUGCGAGAAUCUCGACUCCCUAGACGAGCCCGAAGCACGCGCCGCCAUGGUCUGGAUCAUCGGCCACUAUGCGGAUCGAAUUGAGAAUUCCGACGAAUUACUCGAAGACUUCCUCUAUUCCUUCCUCGACGAACCCGCCGAGGUACAACUAAGCCUCCUCACCGCGACGGUGAAGCUCUUCCUCAAGAAACCGGCAGCAGGUGGUGCGGAGCUUGUUCCCAAGGUUCUCAAGUGGGCUACGGAAGAUGUAGAGAAUCCCGACGUGAGGGAUAGGGGGUUUAUGUACUGGCGUUUGCUCAGUACGGACCCGGCCGCGGCGAGGGAUGUGGUGCUUGCGGAGAAGCCGGCAAUCAGUACCGAGGUGGAUAGGAUGGAUCGCCAGUUGCUUGAUCAGCUGUUGCUCCACGGCGCUAGUCUGGCGAGCAUCUUCCAUCGACAGCCGCAGACGUUCAUUCGCGGGACCAAGGCGCGCUACUUGGCUGACUCGCCUGCGCUAGAUGAGUUGGCGAGGAGAACGGCGAGUAGCCACAUCUACGCGAAGCCGGAGAGGAAGGGACCUUACGUUGCGCCCGUGCCGCCGUUGCAGCAGGGUGGAGCUGGCGAGGAGGGCAUCAGGGCAGUAGGAGCGAGCAGCGCAGAGGGGUCGCCUACGACGAGCAAACGCGUGCCACCUCCUCUACCUUCGCGUGCCUCUUCGAGCGCGGUGCCCACCUUGGGUGCAGCGACCAAUGGGCACAGCAAUGGCGAUGGAGCUCGUGCACCUCCCUCUCCCACCGGGUCUGGCAUCGGCGGCCUCACAUCCUCGUCCAAUAGAGCAGCGCCCAGUAGCAAGCCUGCAGCGGCAGCGGCAGGCGGCGCAGAUCCGCAGCACCCCGACCCCUACUCGAUGCUCGCCGACCUCGAGGACGACUUCAUAGGCGGGGCAGGAGGAGGCGGUAACGAGUAUCGUAGUGAUGCUCCGGCCCCAACGAGGGGGAAUGACGAUCGGAGAUUUGAGGAUUUGCUGGGUUGAUCCGCGCAGCGCAGCGACACUGCUUGUAAUCGUCACUCUCUUCCUUUCUUUCUUGUGCUCUAAGUUUUUUCUUUGUUAAUCAUCAUUUGGCAUUGCCCACCCC